CCAAUCACAGUCUUAUCAGGGAAAAGUCUCGGCUUCUUCACACUUUUGGCAUUUUGCAGGGAGCCAAGUGUGAAAAUAAAGCAGCAGUAAUGCAUCAAGUUUUGUCUCGUAUAAACAGCCCGCGUUUGCUGGGGAAAACACGCUCAUUUAAUGCAGUGGAUGUGUUUGUGAAACUCCACAGAGGGAGCGGUGUGUUAUGUCAAAAGUCAGCUGUGAAUCACCCCUCACCUAAACUGCCUGACAUGCCUGCAUGUGACUUUAAACCUGAACCAUACCAGGGCAUGUCUAAAGAACGUCUGCUCGAAAUCAGGAAACACAACUGUAACCCUAUGAUCUCAAAAGUAACAUACUACAAAAAGCCAGUUUAUAUAAAACAGGGCUAUAUGCAGUGGCUUUGGGAUGUGGAUGGAAGACGCUAUCUGGAUAUGUUCGCGGGGGUGUCCACUGUGAGUGUCGGACACUGUCACCCAAAAGUGACUGAAGCGGCAGAGAAACAGCUAAGGCGUGUAUGGCACACGACGCCCAUCUACAUUUACCCACAACUGCAGGAGUACGCAGAGAAACUGGUGUCCCUUUUCCCAGACCCUCUAAAGGUUGUGUAUUUCACUAACUGUGGUUCUGAGGCAAAUGACCUCGCAGUGCUAAUGGCUCGGCUUCACACUGGAAAUUUUGACGUCAUAACACUCAGGGGCUCGUAUCAUGGUGGCAGUCCACAAGGAACAGGUCUCACAUCUAACUCAACAUAUAAAUUUCCCGUCCCCUCCUCUCUGGGCUGCUACAACACUAUGUGUCCAGAUGUGUUCAGGGGUCCAUGGGGAGGCAGUCACUGUAGAGACUCUCCAAUUCAAACCACACGACAGUGCAGCUGCUCACCAGGUCACUGUCAGGCCAAUGAUAAAUAUAUUGACCAGCUUAAAGAGACGUUUGACACAAGUGUUUCGUCUCGUAUCGCUGCAUUUAUUGGAGAAUCUAUUCAGGGCGUUGGUGGAGCUGUUCAAUACCCUAAAAACUACCUGAAGGAGACCUUCCAGCUUGUUCGGGAGAGAGGUGGAGUCUGUAUCACAGAUGAGGUACAGACUGGUUUUGGGCGCACAGGAAGUCACUUUUGGGGGUUUCAGGGACAUAAUGUAAUUCCAGACAUGGUUACUAUGGCAAAGGGCAUUGCUAAUGGGUUCCCAAUGGGUGCUGUGGUCACCACAGCAGAGAUUGCCAGUUCAUUUGGAAAGGAAGUUCAUUUCAACACAUUUGCGGGUAAUCCACUGGCCUGUUCAAUUGCAUCUUCAGUGUUAGAUACGAUUAAAGAAGACAGGACGCAGGAGAACAGUGCUAAUGUGGGGACCUACCUGCUGACAGAGUUGGCCAAACUCCGGGAUAAGUACGAGAUCAUUGGUGACGUACGAGGAAAAGGUCUUAUGAUCGGGGUAGAGAUGGUCAAAGAUAAGGUCAGCAAAGACCCUCUUCCUUCACAAGCCAUGGCUGAGAUUUUCGAGGACACUAAAGACAUGGGUGUGCUGAUCGGAAAGGGCGGAUUGAAAGGACAGACGUUCAGAAUCAAGCCGCCUAUGUGCAUAACCAAAGAUGAUGCAGACUUCUUCGUCGCCGUGUUUAACCAGGCUGUGCUCAACUACCUGGAGAGAAGAUAGGACAUCCACAACAUUCAAUAGACAUACUGGGUUUAACUUACCAUACAGAAAAAAAUGAUAAAUUAACAACAGGUCUGGGUAAUUUAUCUGAAGACCUAAAAUUAACUUGCCUGACAUUUAAAGGGACACUACACUUUAAAAAAAUGCUAAUUUUCCAGCUCCCCUAGAGUGAAACAUUUGAUUUUUACCAUUUUGGAAUCCAUUCAGCUGAUUUCUAGGUCUGUCGGUACCACUUUUAGCAUAGCUUAGCAUAAUCCAUUGAAUCUGAUUAGACCAUUAGCAUUGCGCUAAAAAUUAACCAAAGAUUUUUGAUAUUUUUCCUAUUUAAAACUUGACUCUUCUGUAGUUACAUCGUGUACUAAGACCGACAGAAAAUUAAAAGUUUCUAGGCAGAUAUGGCUAGAAACUAUACUCUCAUUCUGGUGUAAUAAUCAAGGACUUUACUGCCGUAACAUGGCUGCAGCAGGCGCAUAACACGCAGCGCUUGAAAAUGGUCCCCUGCUUUUGAAAGUAACCAAGGGGAUUAUUUUCGGGUAGUGUGUAAUAUCACCACUAAUUUCCUGUCGGUCUUAGUACACGAUGUAACUACAGAAGAGUCAAGUUUUAAAUAGGAAAAAUAUCAAAAAUCUUUGGUUAAUUUUUAGCGCAAUGCUAAUGGUCUAAUCAGAUUCAAUGGAUUAUGCUAAGCUAUGCUAAAAGUGGUACCGCCAGACCCGGAGAUCAGCUGAAUGGAUUCCAAAAUGGUAAAAAUCAAAUGUUUAACUCUAGGGGAGCUGGAAAAUUAGCAUAUUUUCAAAAAAGUGGAGUGUCCCUUUAACAGAUCGGGAAAUUUUGUAUUUUCAGAUUUAGGUUUUGGAAACUUACAGAUUUAUAAUAUAAUAUAAAUGUAAUUAACUACGAAAUCUAUAUAACGCAUUCAAUAACCAAAUAGAAAGCAAUCUUUAUAUUUGUUUCAAAUAACAAAAGAAGUAUUAAUGUUGUAUUAAUCUGUCCUCACUAUUAUAAAUAUAGGCUCUAGCAGAUUUUAA